AUGGCAGAGCAGAGCAGCCACGAUGUGGUAAACCAAACCCGGUCGGGCGGCGAGAUAUCGCCUUCCGACGUUCCUGCAAACAAACCUGACAAUUUCACUGCUGGAGGGGAUGCAGGGGAAGUUCAACAACCAAAUACAACCAACAUUGAUAGCAACAACAACGACGACGACGCUCAAAGACGGGACACCACAUCGCAGGGGAGCAUACAUGGAACUUCUGGUAUGCCAUCAACGGACAUUCCUGAAUCAUCAACAGUGCGUGGACAUGAUACUAACAUUCAUUGCGACCGAAAUUUAGAUAAUGGGAAGAACGGAAAGUCUGAUAUCAAUGGACUUGCGGAAUCUUUACCCACAGGGGAUGAAAGACUGUCUCCGCUUCAACCUGGCGAUGCAAGCGGAGGAUCUGACACAGAUACCAGCAGGACAGAUCUUCGAACAUCACCCGAUGGAGGCCAACACACGCGCACCAGCUCCGCCAAAAGAAUAUCCGUAUUCAAACCAGUUUCUUACGCCAAGUUUUCUGUUACGAAAUCACCGGGAACUUUACAAACAUCCAAAGCAAAUAAUGACAAAACACCGUUCUCAUCCGCUUCUUCGACUCCGUCGGUCUCUCAACCUACAAAACCUCGAUUAGUGGCGAAGGCCACCGGAGGAUUGCGAGACUCCGCUCCAAAGUCGACAGGUAUUGGGACUAAAAGUGGUAACGGCGGCCCGGACCCAAAUCAGGUCUGGAAUAAAAAUCGACCGGUUCCACCACCAUCAACUAAACAUCUUACGGACGAGGAACUGAAGCAACAGUAUGGAAUCCACAUGACAUCCAGGAUCCAGGAAGAUGACAACGGCAAGGAAGCUAAAUGGGCGGAUAUCGAUGAUGAUGAGGAUGAUUGGGCGCCUGAAACGAUAGAAUGGAAUGACGGGACAAAAAUCACCCUUACCACCCACACGGAGAAUAUUCCACUUCCAAGCGAAAAGCCGAAGGAUACUUCCAAGGACAGAAAACCAUCUCCAGCUUUAUCUGAAAACAAGUCUUCUCGUGAAGGCUCCAAAAUCCUGCUUACUAAAUCAAGUUCCGUCGGUCCAAAUUCCACUGUUUUAAAACUUGGAUCAAAUACCGAAAAACAAAGCAAACCCGGGGAAGUUUUAGCGAAGGGACAAAACGACAAACCAAUUCUCACAUCAAAAGCUCAAUCAGCAGCUCACAAGUCCCCGUGGGCUCCUCUCCCGCCAAUCGACAAGGUUCCCCCGGUCACAAUUAGUCCGCCUCUUCCAGGUCCACCGUCUCGCUUUCCGCAGCGCGACCAUCACCAUGGUCCUGCACCUACUCCAGCGCCCGCACCUCCAACAAAGGAAAUAGCGGCAGAUGACUUUAAUCGAUCGUGGAGAGAUACCCAUUCUAGUGUGCCUCGUGAACUUUACAACUCGCAAUCUGGUCGUUAUGAACCUGUUCUGGAUACUCGUCGAGGACCUGCUCGAAAUGAACAAAAUUUCAGACCUCCUUCCCUUUUACAACGGCCUACGCAUGGAGAACAACCUAGCCUUGGAGAGCCAUCUCCGAUGUUCCAGUCUCACAGGUCAGCUGGUGAUGGCGCCUCUUGGGGAAGAAGGCGCGCAUCUUCGAAUGUUAGCGGGGGAAGCGGCGGGUUUGGGCGACAAGUGUCUUUCGGCAAAGCCUCAGUUAACGGAGGAAAUGAACGGCCAACGUCACCUCCUCCACAUCAGAGGGGCCCAUAUGCUCCUCGUGGGAUUUCACCAUCUCAAUCUUCCGUUCGCCAAAACCGUGCAGGCCAGGCGACUCAUUAUGUCACUCCUGGAUUCCAUGCUAGCUCUCAACAGGCAGGCGCUACGCCACCAGAGGAGGCAGCUCAGCAACAGGUCCCGUUUGAAGAUCCUAUCGCAAUGCAGCAGCGCAUUAUGCGAGAAAAACGAGAACUGGCAAGGCAACGCCGGAAAGAAGAGGAAGAACGGGAAGAAGCAGCAAAACAAGAAAGAAUCAGGCUGAAGCUUCAAUCCAUGGGGCUACCUAUGGAGAAACCAUCGGACAAGGCGUCUGAAAAGGUUUCUGAUAAAUCAUUUGACAAACCAUUCAACAAGCCAGCAACCCAAGAGCAGUCUGCACCGUCCGAGCCAACAAAAGAACCAUCAAAACUGGCAAUAGCAGGUGCAGCCAUCCACUCACCUCCUAAACCUCCUAUUCCAGAACCUUCCGGGGAACCAAAGCAAUAUGGAAUGAUGAAAGUACACCAUCCAGCAUCCGCUAAGAAAUUGGUGGCUGCGAGUGAACGAGGCCCAGAGAGGCCAUUUGGAAAUAACAACCAGACUCGCCAGCCAUCGUCCCCAUCACGCGAUUCUAAAUUGGACUCUGUCAGACCGCUUGCAACAAACGCUAAUGGUAUGCGCCCUUCCGCAGAAACUUCUCCCACAGAAUCUCGGCAUGAGGCUAUAAUGGAAGACAAGCCCCCACAGUGGAAGGGACCUCUUGCUGCGUCAACACCCUACUCUUCAUGGUCUGGUCAAAAGCUUAGUUCUAAUCCUACUCCAACUACACCAUUAUGGGGCCCACUAAGUAAUGAUAAAGCGCUUGGCAAUGGGACAUUUGACAGAACAUUAGCCGGAUUUUCUCGGGAUCUGCCUUUGCCGAUUGGACCCCCAUCCGCAAACGAUAGACUUAGCAAUGCAGACCGAUCCCGGGCUAUGGCAGACAACGGGCGGCCGUCAUCCCCUAUAUCCAUUCCAGAAGAACGAUCUUCUCGACUUACUAACAACGAAUGUCUCAAGCCCAUUGCUCGACCCACACCAAUCGGGCCUCCGACUCCCCAAACUCAAUCUCAACGGUGGCAAUCUGAUCAAGGUCCUCGCCGAUCCCAGGACACAGCUAGUUGGAAUGAUUUCCAUGCGACUGCUGCGAAAGCAGAAGCAGAGGAGAAUGAGAAAGUCCAUCGUGAACUAGGAGCGUUGCGUGAAGAAGAGGCACGGACUGGCCUUCCACCUGCCUCCCUCCAAGUCUCGUUUAAUGAGACUUGGCGGCAACUCGAAAGUGACCAGGCUUGUCAGCGCCAAAUCGUCGGUAUUGCUAGAACAGCUGACAGAGGAUCGUCUCUUCAGUCGCUACACGGAUUUGGACCGGCCGGUCCUGGGUUGUCUUUCUCCGAAGCGGCCACAAAGCCUCUGACAAAUGCUACUGGGAGAGAGUCGAGAUUUUUCCCACAUGGGAGCGAACAGAUUAGACGGCCAGCAAAUACUUCGAGUGUAUAUCCCCGUAGCCCAUCACCUCCCCCACCAGAUGAUAUUUCCAGCCACCCAGUUUUCACUGGCGAUUCCCAUAAGCCAUUGGUCCAUUUACCAACGCCAAAGCCUCGCGUCAAACUGCCUCCACGACAAGCAACACCACCUCCGCCGCCAGUCACGUUCGCUUCAAUGGUUGCGAGUCCAGCCGUCCGCUCUCCGACUCAGCAUGUUGCUAACACUACAUCGUGGCAAGACAGAUUUAAUGGGUUGUUUGGUAAGAAGCCUUCACCGGGUAGGAAAUAUGCUCUUGCUGUUACCUCUGCUACCAAGGAGCCACUUGAAGUUCAAUCAUCCACAUCAUCCGCCUCGGUAUCAUUUCCCCAGUAUGACGAGGUUGAACUUCUCCGCGACGCCGGUAAAGUCACUUCUAAAGAUGUUGAGGAUGAGGAAGCCAUUUUCGAGGAUCGAGAAGCAGGUUCUACCCCUGUGGUGAAAAUGCCAAUCAUGGCCCCCAGAGCAGCAUGGCAACCGGCCCUCCCACCUCCACAGUCUCGCUUGCGUCCCAAAUAUCAGAAGCCUGUUCAGUCGUUGAGCAUUGAGCCAUAUAUUUUCGGCUUUUUUGGCGACGAUAACAACGCAAUUAUCAUUCACCUACCGGGCAGGGAUGUAGCCAAAAUUUUAUCGGUGCCGAAGAAGGGAGGAAAUACUUCUUCGCGACCUAGAGGACCCUCCACAUUAAAACAAAGGAAAAACGUAAAACUUCGAGAUGGAUCCGGCAACUACAGUCAUCCUCAAGCACCAAGGAAACAUUCACAAUCCACUUCUACCGCACCGCGACCACACCCGGGCAAUGGCAGCUGGGCAAACCGUGCAUCCAGCGUCGCUCAAUAA